GUUGGCGUAAAGUAACAUCAGGCAUCAGCCAACAACAACAACACUCGUUAUGUUGUGAUUUGAACUCCAAAAUUUGGUAGAGUAAUAAACAAACAAAACAAAACAAACAAACAUCAAAAUCUCGUGAUGAAAACUCAGCCUUAGUUAGACUUCUGUACUCUCCUCUGGAACUGGGGGAGUAAAGUAAAUCUGAAACAGAUGAAGCGAAGGACGAGUUUCCAAAACAGGUCUCAGCAGAAAUGGAAGUCGAGACUGUUAUUUAUGCUUCUACUAUGUCUUUGCGUUGGGAGCUUUAUUCUACUUCUUGAAAGUAACCCCCCCACCAUGAAUUUGCCUAUUCUUUUUGCUCAAAAGCCUAAGAUUGCUUUCCUCUUCAUAGCACGCAAUCGUCUUCCUCUCGAUUUCGUUUGGGAUGUUUUCUUCCAAGCAGACAAUAACAACAGGUUUACAGUCUUUGUUCACUCAAGACCUGGGUUCUUGUUCAGCAAGGCAACGACAAAGUCCCCAUAUUUUUUGAAUCGUCAAGUUAAUGGCAGUGUACAGAUUGAUUGGGGAGAGGCUAGCAUGAUUCAGGCAGAACGGAUUUUGCUUCAAAAAGCACUUGUUGAUCAUACCAAUGAACGGUUUGUUUUCCUGUCCGAUAGCUGUAUACCUCUAUACAACUUUAGCUAUACAUAUGAUUAUAUCAUGUCAACACCUACCAGUUUUGUUGACAGUUUUGCUGACACAAAGGAGGGACGCUACAAUCCAAAGAUGCAUCCUGUUGUUCCUGUUAACAAUUGGCGUAAAGGCUCUCAGUGGGUUGUGCUGAACAGGAAACACGCGGAGACUGUAGUAAAGGACGAAACUGUUUUUCCGGUAUUUCAGCAGCACUGCAAGUGUGUGCAGCUGUUUCGAGAGCAUAUCCCCAAAAAGAAAUCGGAAGAUCAACAAGACUCAUCAUUUGAUCGCAUCAUAUCUAGUAAGAGAAAGUCACUCCCAGAAUUUUGGCGGGAUCAACCCUUUCCAGUUGAUACAUCCAAGGAGCACAACUGCAUACCAGAUGAACAUUAUAUCCAAACAUUACUUGCUCAAGAAGGGCUUGAAAAAGAGAUUACGAGAAGAUCGUUGACACAUACUGCUUGGGAUCUUUCAGUCUCUAAAGACAAUGAAAGACGUGGAUGGCAUCCAGUAACUUACAAAUUUUCAGAUGCAACCUCUCAGCUGAUUCACUCUAUUAAGGAAAUAGAUAACAUCUUCUAUGAAACCGAAAAUCGAAGAGAAUGGUGCAGUAGCAAGGGUAAACCAUCACCCUGCUUCCUCUUUGCAAGAAAGUUCACUCGGCCUGCUGCCAGUCGUAUACUUAAUUUGUCUGUGCUAGGUACGUAGCCAGAAAGAUGAAAAAGCAUGCUUUUUCAGCAGCACACCUGUUCUGUGUAUAUGCCAGCAUGUCAAUAACAACCCCCCCCCCCCCCCCCAGGGCGCCCUUCAUCAAUUCAUUUCCCUUUGGGGAGACAAAGCAGUAUUCUGGAAGUCGUACUUCAUAGGAACAUUUGUGUGAAAAUCAUAGUUUACUUGUCUUUCUUCCUCCAUACAUGUAUCUCCUUUUUUUUUCUUGUUUUUAGUAAGAGAUUGACCUUUUAUAAUAGUUUGUAUCAGUGCUUACUUCCUGUCUCGGUAUUGUUAUCUGAAAAGUAUGGUUUACCUCAAAGUCUCCAUGUUAUAGUCUCAUUUCCCACGAAUUGCACAAAUUGUUUUCGAUGUGGUAGAAUUUUUUUUGGAGUAUAUCGUCAGGUUAGAAUUUUGAAAUAUGUCCUCCAUUAAAAUAAAGUAUUUCUUAUUAAGUA